AUGCUGAAUCAUCUACUUUAGGUAACGCCUAGGCUAAACCAGAAGUCUGAGAAGUAGCCCAGGGUGGAACUGGAAGCCGUCCCGUUGUAAAACAGGUUAACUUUAAAGUUAAGAUGCAGUUAUCCUAACAGACAGAUGGCUGAUUCUCAGCCCCAGGACCAACACCAGACCAGACCGACCCAUAUUCGCCGCGCUGUGUAUUCUGGGAACACACAGUAGUUUCAAGAUGGCGGCGAGCAGGAGGCUGGCCAAGGAACUUGAAGAGAUUCGCAGGUCUGGAAUGAAAAACUUCAGAAACAUUCAAGUUGAGGAAUCAAACCUAUUGUCAUGGCAAGGGCUCAUUGUUCCUGAUAACCCUCCUUAUGACAAAGGUGCGUUCAGAAUCGAAAUAAUUUUCCCCACCGAGUACCCUUUCAAGCCUCCCAAGAUCACAUUCAAGACAAAGAUCUAUCACCCCAACAUUGAUGAGAAGGGCCAGGUGUGCUUGCCUGUGAUCAGCGCAGAGAACUGGAAGCCUGCCACCAAAACUGACCAAGUAAUUCAGUCCCUCAUUGCGCUGGUGAACGACCCCCAGCCGGAGCAUCCCCUUAGGGCAGACCUAGCAGAAGAAUACUCAAAGGACCGUAAAAAAUUCUUGAAGAACGCUGAAGAGUUUACAAAGAAACACGGUGAAAAGCGGCCAAUGGACUGAUCACCCGACAAACGUGUAGCCCUCUCUCUGUCUCUCUCUCUCCCCCUCUCCUCCUAUCUCACCUGCCCCACCAAAAACCAAUCUCCCUCUCGCCCCCCUGCUCUCCCCCCCCCACACACACACACCCCCCCGCUCACUCACCUCCCCUCCUUCUCCCCACACCGGUCCUCAGCCCAGCUGAAGCCAGGCAGCAGCAUCCUCAGCCUCCCCCCCCCAUCCAGGACUCUCUGUGGAUCAGACAGCUUCCUCCACCUCCUCUUACUACUGCUCCUCCUCGGCCAUAAAUCUCCAGACCAUUUCUAACUUUCUACUUUUUUCUUAAUGUGAAAAUGGAAAAAAAUGCUAAGGGAGCAUGAUGUUCAAAUGAAGUUAGAUGGAAAUACAGCAUAAUGUGUUACAUUUUUCUUUAUGCGUUCCCUCUAUAUAAACAACUCUUUUGUUAAAUAGAUCACACUUAAACAUGAUUUUUUUUCCCUGAAGUAUAUUGUUUUUUUCCGAGCAGUAAAUCCGGUUAAUUACUCCUUUUUUCUCUUUUGCCCAAUCAUCACUAAUCUCACGCAAAAACAAAUGUGACAGAAAGGAUGGAAGCUGUAGGGAGGACCUGGAGGUGUGUGCCGAAUGCAACGUUCCCCUUACUCAACUCCACUGCUUCUAGAGUUGCACUGUACUCUCUGAGACGACCCCUCCCACAUCUCCUCCCCCAGUUUGCAACCCACUGAGCAGAAACAAACAACAGGUCAAACAUAAAAUUGAAUUGGUAUUGCUGAAAAUGCUAGAGAAACAAUAACACUCCAAACAUGCAGUCCUAAUUAGCAGGCCCUCUAAAGCCGAUCCCACAUUUGAUGGGUUUCUGUUGACCUCUCAGGCUAAACCAGUGCUCAGCAUGAUAUAACUAUAAAUAGCUAUUGGGAUUUUCUUUUCCUUUAAUAGCAAUUUGCUUUCUCCACUUAAAAUUGUUUGAGUUGCACUUGAUACAUGAAAUUGGUAACGUGGGAAUAACCUGUUUGGUUAAUUUGAAUCUUCCAGGCAUGUCUCCUCUCCCACUAUUAGGCGCCCCAAUAUAACCACCCAUCACAUUAGAACCGAGCCUUUACCACACUGAGACAUAUUCCAGGGGUAGUGGACUGUCAGCUGCUGAAAGGGACCUAACCUGGGGGGGAGCUGGAAAGAGGAUGCAAUCAGCUGGAAUGAAGCUCAGCUCCUGGAGGUGGUCCUAGAAACAAGCACCAUGAAGGCAGUUGGGAGAGGGCUGGCUGUCUGGGGAUGUGUCAGGACACGGAAAGGGACUGCAGUGGCCAAAAACCACCAUGUAACAGCUGUUUGAUCUGGUCCCAAUAUUGUUUCAUAAUAAAGAUGGCUAACCAUUUGGCCUCACUGUC